AAGAGUCAUCGUUUAAGUUCUAUGCCACUUUCUGAUCCUCCUGUCAGUGUUGGGCAACAGGAACUAGUAGUUUCCCAAUACCAGCGUAACGUCGGUUAACGUCCAAGCACAAAGGCAUUAAUUUGAUUUUGUUCGUCAAAAAUACCAAUAAUUUAUAUCCAUUUGAUAACGAGGAUCCAUGGGAGAUUAAGUCAUGAAUGUUGAAUGAUAGUUCGCUUCGUCCCAACAUUUCUGUUUCGGAAUUGUAAAUAUCGAGCUUCCCCACUUAAAAACCACGUUUUCCGGGCGAGGUUACAGUAAAGGAACUGCCUUGAGACCUUCUGAUCCAGUGUUGGAUCGUAAAUUUCCAGUUUGGAACCAUUCAUCCAGCGAAUCUUCGACCGAUAAACUCUUGGAUACAGGAGUUAAAAGCGCUUCUACAUGAAUGGUUGGAAUAGUUACAGUCGUGGACAAUGUGGAUAUGGUUUCCGUGUAUACCUUUUUGAGUGCCUUGUGGGCUAGCGGAUACGCCAUUGAGUUGGUGCAUGCAAUACAUCGCCUCGAGCACGGCGCCUUCUGGCCACAUCUGCAGGAGUCGGACUACCAUGCCAUAGGCGAGGGCCCUGGCCUGGGCUUCAACUUCAAUGUGCCGCUCAAUGAGACAGGAAUGGGCGACGGGGACUACAUGGCCAUCUUCCAGCAGCUGCUACUGCCCGUGGCAAUGGAGUACCAGUCAGAACUGAUCAUCGUGAAAUGCAGGUGACGCCUGCCUUCUAUGCGCAUCUGCCUAAUCCGCUGCUCCGACUGGCCGACUCCCGUGUGGCCGUCGUGCUCGAAGGGGGUGCUGCCUUGAAUCUCUGGCAGAGUUUUGGAAGUCAGACUGCCGCGUGGAUAUAGGAUCGAACAGGACUAAAUGUUGUGUAAUUUCUUAAGACACUAUUUUUAAUUGUCAACAUAGAAAACGAAAUUAAGGACUAUUUCUAUCGGGUUUGUUUUUUGACUUUGAGUUUGGCGGGGGCGUGGCUUGGGGGCUGUUUGCGCUUGCGCUUGGGCACACUGUCGCUGCUGCUUUGAUCAGAAUCCUGCUCAACUGCAGGCUUGGGUACCUUUCCUUUCGCUUCCUUUGAUUUCCUAGCCUUGGGCUUUGGCGUUGCCUCAAUCGCCUCAUCGGAUGAAUCCGCAUUCGCAUCUUCAUCGUACUCGGCACUCACAAACCCUUUUGC